UCUACACUGGUGAAAUUUCAUUCACACUUUUUUAUAUAUUUGGAAUGUGGCAGCCAAUAACUUGGAAUUCAAGAUGGAAAAUUUGGUUGUAUCAAAUUUAUUCUAUCUUUAUGAUUAUUUUUUAUUUUUCAUUCUCAGUAUCAUUGUUCGUGUAUCUUCUUCGUGUAUCCGAUGAUAUGAAUAUUUUUACAGAAUAUUUAUAUUACUUUCUUUACAGUGUUGCUAUUUUUAUUAAACAGCUGAAUAUUAUAGCUAAACGAAGAACGGUAAUUGAAUCUAAAAACAAACUUCUAGUUAGCUUUUGUCGACCUAGAGAUUUUUAUGAAUGGAAUAUACUUGAAAAGUGCUCAAAAGAUUGCAGAUGGAAAAUUGUUAUAUUUCUAGUUGCUUUUAGUAUAACUGCUGCAACAACUUCAAUGUCUCCUCUAUUAAAAAGAAAUAAUCUAGCUCUUCCAUUAAAAGGAUGGUAUCCUUAUAAUUUGGAUAUUAAAUCAAUGUUUUGUUUUACAUAUUUUUAUCAAACAAUUGCUGUUUUAAUGUCAGCUUACAUAAUAGCUUCAGUUGAUGGAUUUGCAUUAACUUUAAUGUUACAAAUUUGUGCGCAACUUGAAAUUUGCAUACAUAGACUUCAAUCACUUUCAAAAAUGUCUGCUAAAAAAAAUUCUAAUAUCAAUUUAUGUCUACAAGAAUCAAAAGUUUUGAAAGAUUGUAUGAAACAUCACACGCAUGUUUAUUCCUUGGGAACAAUGUUAAAUGACUUAUUUGGUUUGGUUAUUUUUGUACAAUUUUUUGCAUCAAUUAUAAGUAUUUGUGUUAUUACUUAUCAAUUAACAAGAUUAAAUGCACAAAAUCCGACGUAUUGGAUGAUGGUAGCUUCUGUAGGUUCUUCAUUGACACAGACAUUUCUAUAUUGUCUAUAUGGAGAAAAACUUAUUCAAAAGAGUACAGCAGUUACAGAUGCAAUUUAUGAAAUGAAUUGGACUGAUUUUUCAAAUAAAACAAAAAGAGAUCUUGCUGUUAUGAUGAUGCGUACAACGAAACCCAUACAAUUAUCUGGUUCAUCUGUUAUUGUAAUGUCAAUAAGAACAUUUAUGAAUAUCAUCAAAUCAGCUUACUCUGCAUACAAUCUACUUGGAAACACACAAUAAAUUGCAGAUAUAAUCUGCUAUUUCCAUAAAAGACUAAAUUUUCAAUAUCCUUAGAUUUGACAUUGUAGACUUCAGCUGAAUUUUUUUUAAGAAUAUCCAAAAGAUGAAAAAGUUAUUAUUACUAAUUCAGUUUUAAAUUAAAUAAAGUAUUAAUUUUCUAAUUUAAAAAGGAGUGCAAUUUUUUUUUUGUAUUUGAAUAAAUUGUACUUUAUGUAAAUAAACAUCUUGCACUGUAUGAGAGUUGCUGAAAAACUUUACUGUGAAUAUUAAAAUAGUCUACUAAUUAAAUUGUUUCCAGCAGUCACGGAAGAGUGAAGGGGGAACUCUGCCUGAAAUUUUGAACUUUCUGGAUGAAA